UGGCAACUGAGAUUUGGAAUAACAAGGAGGAAACUCUUAAUUGGUUCAAAGUACUCGAGCUUGACUUAGGUCGCCAGAUGUCAAUUUGACAGUGUUUCUAUAUAUUUUUGUCUUUAAAUUUGUUGUGACUGCAGAUUUUCUGAAAAUAUUUUUCAUUUUGAAAUACAACACAUAAGUGAAAUAGUGGAUACUUUUAUUACAAUUUUACCGUGUCUUUUAUUAUUAAAUUGAUGUGACUGCCUGUUCUCAGAUUUUCAUAUUUCAAUAAUACGCACGUGAAAAUCAUGGAUAGAACAUACAUUUUGAAUGUUUUGGUAUUCAUUGUGUGGUUAUUAUUGAAGGAUUUUAAUUCGGUUCAUUCCAAGCAAGUAGAAUUGUCACCUGAUUGUACAGACGAGGAUGAAAACUGCACUACUCUAUGUAGUCCACACUGUCGUGCAGAAUGUGACGUCGACGGCACGUGUUUUGGCGGAUGUAUUAGCGGAUGGACUGGUACCAAAUGUGACGAACCUUGCCCGGACUACCAAUACGGCAUGAACUGUCAGAAGAGUUGUGGACAUUGUGAGAAUGACGAGGUGUGUGAUCCAGUAACAGGCGAGUGCCCGGGUAACUGUGUGCCCGGGUUUAUCGGUCCAUCAUGUGACCAAGCGUGUGAUCCCUACUUCUAUGGAAACGCGUGUGAAAGUCACUGCCACCAUUGCAGAAACAACAAACCAUGCAAUGUUGUCACUGGGUCGUGUAUCAAUGGCUGCGCUCUCGGCUGGAAGGGCGAUAAAUGUGAUACUGUUUGCACUAACAUGACAUACGGUCUAGACUGCACUGGAAAAUGUGGGAAUUGCGCGAAUAACAAGCCGUGCAAUCACGUGACUGGAAAAUGUACGGAAGGCUGCGCACCGGGUUGGACAAGAGAAAAAUGUAAUAUCGCCUGUAGUCAAGGCUGGUAUGGAGAGGAAUGCGAUUUCCACUGUGGCCACUGCAAGUCCGAGACCUGCGACCAGGUGACCGGUAUCUGUAAAUCAGGGUGCAAAGCCGGUUGGAUGGGUCAGCUAUGUCGGACACCGUGCGGACCCGGUAGAUACGGUGACGAUUGUGUAGCCGAGUGUGGUAAAUGUAUCAAUAAUAUGUGUGACAGGGCUACUGGCAUCUGUACCAAUGGUUGUAUGGCGGGUUGGAAAGGAAUCACGUGUCACCGACCCUGUGAGAAGGGCCGACAUGGGGCAAGCUGUGGGAUGACAUGCGGGAAAUGCAAGGAUGAUGUACCGUGUAACAGCAGUACCGGAAUAUGCGAGAACGGCUGCAAGACUGGUUGGGAAGGGAAAUAUUGUACGCAAAAGAAACCUGUCGACGACCUUGUGAUAACUGAUGUCGCAGAGACAGAUGAUUUGGGUAUCAAGAAACCAUCAACAGUGUCCCUGCUGGUUGUCGUCAUUGUGUUGCUAUUUAUAGCCCUGUCGGCAACGGUCAUCUACUUCCUGUGUAUACGUCCGCGACAUGGAGAUAUUUCCUCUCAGCUAACAAGACUGUCCUCGGUGCGUAGCAACGAGGAUGCUGAGCCACACCUGUAUGAACAGGUCCAGUGUGGGCCGUGGGAGAUCACGAAAGCCAACCUCGUUUUGACCUCUGAUAAACUUGGUCAAGGUCAGUUCGGACAAGUGCGCAAAGGUUACAUCAAAAACAUACGAAGCCACAAUGUUCCAGUUGCUGUAAAAUCUCUCAAAGUAAGCUCAUCAGAGAAAGACAAGACGGACUUCAUGAACGAAUUAAUGAUUUUGAAGAAAGUCGGCCAUCAUCCAAAUGUCGUCUGCUUGGUUGGAUCCUGUAACAUUGGAGGAACUUUGUAUGUUGCUAUGGAAUACUGUUGCCAUGGUGAUUUAAGGACUCAUCUUCGCAACCACCGCAAAAGGAAACAAAAGCUUUAUACAAACGUUCAAAAUGGUGAUCAGCUGUCAUACUCUGCAAUGUUGAAGUUUGCCUUAGAUGUUGCAAGUGGAAUGUCCCAUUUAGCUGAUAGACAGAUAAUUCACCGGGAUCUUGCAGCAAGAAAUGUUUUAUUGGAUGAUAAUUUCGUCGCCAAAGUGGCAGACUUUGGACUUUCGAAAAAUGAUGAUACCUAUGUUAAAACUUCAAGAUCAAAAGUACCAGUGCGCUGGCUAGCUCUAGAAUCCAUCUACAGUAACACAUAUACCAUCCAAAGUGAUGUAUGGUCAUUUGGUGUUUUGUUAUGGGAGAUCACAACAUUUGGUGGCACCCCGUACCAUGGUAUGGACACUCAGCAAUUCUGUGCUCUGUUAAAGCAGGGUUACAGGUUGUGCCGGCCUCGACACUCAGACAUGGCUCUUUACACAAUGAUGUUACAAUGUUGGCAGGAAGAGCCAGCUGCACGUCCAGAGUUCAGUGACCUUCAGUCUCGAUUGCAAUGUAUGGUAGAUGACACACAGAUAUAUAUCAACAUAGAUGAAGAAAUGGGAUAUACAAGCAUGGAAGGUUAACCAUCACCACACAUCUAGAGUUUUGUCAAAACCAUGUGAAAAAAAGAUGAUACAAGUUAAAAUAUUUUAGCUAAUGCACAGAAUGGUUGGACAACAUACAUUUUUUUAAACUUUCAGAUCUCCUUCAAAAUGUGUUUGUGUAUGAAGGCAUUUGAAAUUUUGCAAAACAAACAAUUGGUAAGCUAAACAAGCACAAGUGCUUUGUUGAAUGUGAUUGAUUUGAACAAUUUUUCAGUCACAGAAUGGUCUUGCGUGUCAUGAAAGGAUUUCAAAACACAAAUACGUAGACCCUAAGAGGGUAAAAACUAAACAAAAUGGAUGAUUUUGAAUGAAAACUUUUGAAUGCUAGAGAAACAGGCAUUAUAACCUUCAGCAAGUUGAAUUCUGGGUCUGUAAAAGAGAGCCAUUGUUUAUGGUCCUUACUGGAAUGCAGGAGUAUCUAGGUUUAUUUAAAGUCACCAUCAGUUACCUUUUAACAGACCUCUUCACUGGAAGUGUGUUGGAUCAAUUUAGGUUUUGUGGAUAUGCAGGGUAAAGAAGAUACCUCUGCAAAGAACUGUUAACAAUUCUAGUUGAAGGAAAGGGUAUCCUGGUUGUAUCCCCACUUUUCAUAGUCUGUUCUUUACACAGGUUUGAAGGUUAAAUGUCUAUAUAAAAACUGUAAAUGGUAACAAAGUUGAAAUCUCCUUCACCUCAAGCUGGUCUUGUUUUCAAACAUUUGCUUUGUAUAUAUUGGUGCCAAACUUUGUACAUAGGAAAAACUUGUGCCAUGUAUAUUUUGCUUAGAAUAUUUAUAUAUAGUAUCAAAGUCAGCUGAAUAGUUAGAUCAUAAUUAUAUACUUUUUGGGGUUUAUUUUGAAAUAAAUACAAUUAAAUAAAA